GUCAUACAUCUUAUACAUCAUGCUUGACAUCAACUUGCUCCUGGAAGACCGUGGUGGUAAUCCCGAUGCAGUCAAAGAAUCUCAGCGCAGACGUGGAGAUUCCGUUGAGAUUGUUGAUGAGAUUAUUGCUCUUUACAAGGAAUGGGUUAAGAUCCAGUUCCAGAGUGACCAGAAGAACAAGGAGAUCAAUGCCGUUCAAAAGGAUAUUGGAAAGAAGUUCAAGGCCAAGGAAGACGCUACCCCUCUUGUAAAGCAAAAAGAACAGCUCCAAAAAGACAAAGAGGCGUUGAUUGCCCAGGCCAAGGAGUCCGAGAGUAACUGGAAGGAGAAGCUCUCUACAAUGGGCAACAUUGUUCAUUCAUCUGUCCCAACCUCAAUGAAUGAAGAUAAUAACGAGAUCAUUCGCACCUACAAUCACAAUAACGUUGUCCCUGUCAAGAGAACAGACAUCCUCUCCCAUCACGAGGUUCUUUCUCGUCUCGAUGGCUAUGACCAGGAGCGUGGCGCUAAUAUUGCCGGACACCGUGGAUAUUUCUUGACUGGUGUCGGUGUUGAUCUUAACUUGGCUAUGAUUAAUUAUGGUCUCUCCUUCCUUGCUAGACGUGGUUAUAAGAAGCUCAUGACUCCCUUUUUCAUGAAAAAAGAGAUGAUGGCCAAGACUGCCCAGCUCAGCCAGUUUGACGAGGAACUUUACAAAGUUACUGGUGAUGGUGAUGACAAAUACCUCAUUGCCACCUCUGAACAGCCCAUCUCUGCUUUCCAUGCUAAUGAAUGGUUCGAGAAGCCCGCAGAACAACUUCCUAUUAAAUAUGCUGGCUAUUCUACAUGUUUCCGUAAAGAAGCCGGUGCUCACGGCAAAGAUACAUGGGGUAUCUUCCGUGUUCAUCAGUUUGAAAAGAUCGAGCAGUUUGUUCUCACCGACCCCGAGAAGUCAUGGGAGAUGUUCUAUGAUAUGAUUGGCCACUCCGAAGACUUUUUCAAGAGUCUUGGUCUGUCUUACCGCGUAGUCUCCAUUGUAUCCGGUGCUCUCAACAAUGCCGCUGCCAAGAAGUACGAUCUCGAGGCCUGGUUCCCCUUCCAGGGGGAGUACAAGGAACUCGUGUCCUGCAGUAACUGUACCGAUUUCCAGUCUCGCAGUCUUGAGAUCCGUUGUGGUGUCAAGAAGAUGUCUGACCGCGAAAAGAAAUACGUCCACUGCCUUAACUCUACCCUCUGUGCUACCGAGAGAGCCAUUUGCGGUCUCUUGGAGACCUGGCAACGCGAAGAUGGCCUCGAGGUCCCCCCCGCUCUUGUACCCUACAUGGAUGGUCGUACCUUCAUUCCUUACGAAAAGAAGUUGCCUGCCAAGAAAUAAAGCAGAUAUAUCUACUAUUUUUUUUCCUUUUUUUUUUAAAUAAUAAACAAAUCUAUCCUCAAUCCAUAACAA